CGUUACUAGUGUGACUAGAUCUGGCUCUUAAUUGUUGUUCUCCAAUCUUCACUCUGGUCCAGUUGACGCAGCGACCCGGAUCUCUCAAAUCUCAGGCUCAGAGCGACAGCCAUGGCGGACGACUUCUCGGACAAGGUCCCUCCCUCUUUCGACGCCGCGGGGACAAAAGGGUUCAACCCUGGAUUGAUUGUUUUGCUUGUUGUUGUUGGGUUACUGGUGACUUUUCUUGUUGGAAACUAUGCACUUUAUGUGUAUGCUCAGAGAACUAUUCCUCCAAAAAAGAAGAAGCCGGUGUCCAAGAAGAAGCUGAAGAAGGAGAGGCUGAAGCAAGGUGUCUCUGCUCCAGGGGAGUAAAUGGAAGAAAGAUUGCAGCUAUCCAUGUUGAACUCAUGUUGAGAAGUUGUUCUUUCAUUUCCCUUAAUACUAGAUGGAAUUGAACUUAGUAAUUGGAAGUAACCCUGUAUCAGCAUAGCGACCAGGGAGUGAGAAUGCUGUUCCUAAGACAGUUUUUAUCUCUUAAAUUUACUGUCUGUACUUGACUUUCCUUUCUUAAUCAAUUAGUCAGAACUUAGAAAGAGUUACUUUGCCAAA